GACUAAGCUUUUUAAAGUUGAAGUCUCUGGAGUCUGGACUGGAGCAUGCAUGCCAUGGUGGUGGGUUUUCGUUGUCCCUACCACCAGCUCGUGGUCUGACUGAUUUUUUGUCAACGGGUCGUUAAAUGGAAGGAGUCCUUGAAAUUCACGACCGACGGAACCCGAAGCUGGUUUCUCUGAAACUUGAUACUAUUCUUCCCCGCUCGCUCCUCUGCUAUAUAUACUCCAAAACCUUAUCAGUAUACCCGCACUUCAUUUCAUUCUUAGUCUCCGCAUAUCCCUAGCUAUUAUCUUUUCAAGGCCUCACGUUUGGUUAUUGUUCCAUGUCUCCUACGAUGGCUGUAACAACUGAAACAAAGGAGGAGAAUGAUACGCCAGAUAGCGAGUACCAAAAAGGAAUAAAGCACCUCUGGGAAAAUGGCAUAAACAGAGUUCCCAAGAAGUACAUAUUACCCCCCUGCGAUCGACCCAUUACUGAAGACGGGGUGCUAAAUCAUGUAUCCGAGCAAAAUCUUAAGCUGCCCAUCAUUGAUUUCGCAGAACUAAUGCAAGGUGCCAACCGGCCUCAAGUCCUCGAGUCCCUCGCUAAUGCUUGCGAACAAUACGGUUUUUUUCAGCUGGUAAACCAUGGCAUUCCAAGCGAUGUUAUAAGCAGCAUGAUUGACGUUUGUACAAGGUUUUUCGAGCUGCCAUUUGAGGAAAGAUCAAAGUACAUGUCUUCGGAUAUGCAAGCGCCGGUCCGAUAUGGAACCAGCUUUAACCAGAAGAAAGAUAAUGUGUUUUGUUGGAGAGACUUCUUGAAGCUAAUGUGCCAUCCCCUAUCAGAUGUCCUCCCACAUUGGCCUUCUUCUCCUAUGGACCUGAGGAAAUUGGCGGCUACCUACGCAACAGAAACCAAAUACUUGUUUCUAAUGCUAAUGGAGGCCAUCGUGGAGAGCUUAGGACUUGUGGGAAUCGCGGAUGAGAAGAAGAAGACAGAGGAAGAAGAAGAAGAAGAUGACAUAUUAAAAGACUUACAAGAAGGAAGCCAGUUAAUGGUUGCCAAUUGCUACCCGCCAUGUCCAGAACCCAAUUUAACCCUGGGAAUGCCACCGCAUUCCGACUAUGGAUUCCUCACACUUCUUCUCCAAGAUGAGGUUGAGGGCCUACAAAUACAAUUCCAAGAAAAAUGGAUUACUGUCCAACCAAUUGCUAAUUCAUUUGUUGUCAACAUUGGUGAUCAUCUAGAGAUAUUUAGCAACGGAAAAUACAAGAGCGUUUUACAUAGAGUAUCUGUGAACCCUAUGAAACCUCGAAUAUCGGUGGCUUCUUUGCAUAGCCUUCCUUUCCAGAGCAUGGUUAGGCCGUCGCCUAAACUGAUCAACGAAGCGAAUCCAAGGCGUUUCAAGGACACCGACUUUGCUAGUUUUCUCGACUACAUUUCAUCUUCUGAGCCCAAGAGGAAGAAUUUCUUGGAUUCUAGGAAAUUAUUGGAUUAAGGCUAUAUAUAUAUCUAGCUAGCUCGGAGAAGUACCGAUGAAUUAAUCCAGAUCUAUAUAUCAAAACGGAUUAGACGCUUGUAUGUUGAGUACUUUCGUUGCAAUCAAUUAUGUAUCAUUGAUUACAUGCAUGGAAUUAAUGU